AAAAAAAACAUGAAGAUGGUGAAAAUUGUUGUCGUAUUUGCAAAACAAAACAUAAAGAUGAAAAAAUGAAGAUGGUGGAAAAUAACAACAUGAAGAUAAUGAAAAAGAUUGUUGUCCGGUUUGCGAAGAACAACAUAAUGAUGUUAAAAGAGUUUGUUGUCCGGUUUGCGAAGAACAACAUGUUGAAAAAGUUUGUUGUCCGAUUUGCAAAAAACAACAUAAAGAUGUUGAGAAAGAUUGUUGUCCGUUUUGCAAAAAACAACAUGAAGAUGUUGAAAAAAAUUGUUGUCCGGUUUGUCCGGUUUGCAAAAAAAAACAUGAAACUGAUAGUAGAAGAAAUUGUUGUCGGGUUUGCAAAAAACAACAUGAAGAUGGUGAAAAAGAUUGUUGUUGGGUUUGCAAAAUACAACAUAAAGAUAAUGAAGAAGAUUGUCGUUGUCCAGUUUGCAAAAAACAACAUAAAAUUUAUGAAAAAGAUUGUUGUCUGGUUUGCAAAAAAAAACAUUUUGAUGAAGAUUGUUGCCCGGUUUGCAUAG